GUAGAGGCUAUCAAAGAAAGGGUUCUAGUAGCAGAGCAUAGACAAUGUGCUAGACACAUAUAUGCUAACUUCUAGAAAAGAUUCAAAGAUGAACAAUAUAGGAAGUUGUUUUGGGCUGCUGCUAUACUACUCAACCUAAAUUUGAGGCAGAAAUGAAUUCCAUAAAAAAAAAUUGACCAUUUGUCUUAUGAACACCUCAUGGAAAGGGACCUUAAAAGUUGGUGCAUGGCAUUCUUUGAAGUGGACUGGGCUUAUGAUGCUUAUGAGAAUGACAUGUCAGAAAGUUUCAACUAUGUUAUCGAUCUUGCUAGGAAGAGACCACUCCUCGCCAUGUUGGAAGAGAUUCAGAUUUAUGCAAUGGAGAGGGCGUAUAAAAUGUUGCUAGAGGGACAAAGUUGGGAUAAUUUAAAAACAUGCCCAUCUAUAAGAUUAAAGACAUCUAAGUUAAAGAAACAUCAAAAGUAUCCCAUGUGUGCAUGCAAUGACAACCAUUUCAAACCUCAAAAAAAUGCAGAGGAUUAUGUUGCACCAGGGUUCCAUACAACCAUGUUCUUGACUUGUUACAACCAUAUCAUUAAUCCACUUAAUGGUAGUUCCAUGUGGCCUGAAGUUUCUUACAUGAAGCCAUUGCCUCCCCAAAAAGAAGGUUACUAG